AUGUCGCACCGGAAGUUCGAGGCCCCUCGCCAUGGCUCGCUGGCGUUCUUGCCACGCAAGCGUGCGUCCCGUCACCGUGGAAAGGUCAAGAGCUUCCCCAAGGACGACCAGAAGCAGAAGCCCCAUUUGACCGCCGCAAUGGGCUACAAGGCCGGCAUGACCACCAUCGUCCGCGACCUCGACCGUCCCGGUGCGAAGCUGCACAAGAAGGAGAUCGUCGAGGCCGUUACGGUCGUCGAAACUCCUCCGAUGAUCGUCGUUGGCCUCGUUGGUUACAUCGAGACCCCCCGGGGCCUGCGCUCGUUGACUACUGUCUGGGCUGAGCAUCUUUCCGACGAAGUCAAGCGCCGAUUCUACAAGAACUGGUACAAGAGCAAGAAGAAGGCUUUCACCAAGUACGCCAAGAAGCACGCUGAGGAGGGCGGCAAGAACAUCACCCGUGACCUCGAGCGCAUCAAGAAGUACUGCACCGUCGUCCGUGUCCUCGCCCACACCCAGAUCAGCAAGACUCCUCUCAAGCAGAAGAAGGCACAUCUCAUGGAGAUCCAGGUCAACGGUGGCUCCAUCGCUGACAAGGUCGAGUUCGGCCACGGACUCUUCGAGAAGCCAGCUGAGAUCGACACCGUCUUCGAGCAGGAUGAGAUGAUCGACUGCAUCGCCGUCACCAAGGGUCACGGUUUCCAGGGUGUCACCAGCAGAUGGGGUACCAAGAAGCUUCCUCGCAAGACUCACAAGGGUCUCCGCAAGGUUGCUUGUAUCGGUGCAUGGCAUCCGUCCCACGUUCAGUGGACUGUUGCUCGUGCUGGUCAAAUGGGUUACCACCAUCGUACCUCCGUCAACCACAAGAUCUACCGCAUCGGCAAGGGCACCGACGAGCGCAAUGCCACCACCGACUUCGACCACAGCAACAAGCAGAUCACCCCUCUGGGUGGUUUCGUCCGCUACGGUGAGGUCAAGAACGACUUCGUCCUCCUCAAGGGCUCCGUUCCAGGUGUCAAGAAGCGAGUCAUGACCCUCCGCAAGUCCAUGUUCAUCCACACCUCCCGCCGUGCCCUCGAGAAGGUCGAGCUCAAAUGGAUCGACACCUCGUCCAAGUUCGGUCACGGUGCAUACCAGACUGCCGCCGAGAAGAAGCAGUUCGUCGGUACCCUCAAGAAGGACCUCAUCACCACUUCGUAA